UGUGUGUGUGUGUGUCUGUGCGCAGAGCCAACAGGAGCUGAUGUGCGUGUUCUGGAUCAGAUGACAGUAACUAACAUAUCGGACCAGGAGGCUCUGGAUGACUUCCUCAACUCCACUAAUGAUGAUGACAUCAUUAGUGGAGCACAGGAUCAUCACAGCACAGGAUCAUCACUGACCUCAGGUCCAGACCUCGAGUCCUGCUCCUCUGAAUCUUCGAGUAGCCAAUCAACCCGAGCCCCUCCCACAACCAGCCAAGCGUCCAACCAGGACGCGGAGUGGGAGAAGGACGAGGAAGCGGCCAGUGAGGAGAGCGAUGAGCCUCUGGUGCAGUCGGACGAAGAGGAGGUCCAGCCGGACAUGUCGCUGGUCGGCUUACAGGACGUUGGCGCAAGAAGGGGCUCCGACGAGAGCGACCCCGCAGGGGACCUGUCCUCCGGGUAACCUAGCAACCAGGCACCUUGAAUACUGGGUAAACACUGACUACUGUUACCCCUCUGGUGCCCUCUUGAUUUGACUUGACACGGCUCCCAUCUCCAGCCAACAUGAGCAGCACUUCACUGCUCCUUUCCUCUGAGGUUUGAAACAAACGUGCCCUCUGGUGUUCAGAUGUUAAGGACAGUUGUGCUGAGCUGUCACUCAGUAGUGCUAACUAACUGAGACCUUGUCUAUUCACUGUUUACCCAAAGAAAUUGAUUUAAAAAAAAUAGAGAAGCACCGAUACCAUUUUUUGCUUCCCGAUUCUGAUACCUGAACCUACGUGUCAGCCGAUACGAGUACUGCUCAGAUACCAGUGCGUAAAUAUCCCAAAAAGUUAAACAGCUCAUAAUUCCCUCUCAAAUACAUAUUUGAUAUUGUUGUGAAAACAUCUCCUUCAAACAACUGUCUUUAUUCAAGUUUCUAGUCAAAAACUACAUUUUACCAGACUAAAUUUGAACACAUCAUACUUACCUUAUUACAUUUGCCCAAAUCUCAUUUUUUCUGAAUAGAGCUUGAACGCAUCAUGAUGUUACUCAAUGCAACCUCCGAUCAGCUGACGUGUAUUAGCUCUCCUCCUGCCGAGUUCAACACACAGAUUUGUUGUUCACAAUGUAGCAUCAUCAGAGAAAACAUAGAGCGCACCAGAGUGUUUAACCAAAGGUGUGAAGUACUGGUUUGCACUUGUGCAGUACUGAUAAGGAUGCACACAUCUGUAGCGAUUGACAUGUGUUGUUGUUUCCCUGUAGCUUGAAUGAGCUGAUAACGGGUCAUCUGAUCGGUGCAUAGUGUUGCGUACACGCCAAUACCUGAUCCAACAUUUUAGGCUCUGUAGGAGGCAUUUCUGACACUGGUAUUAAAAUUGAACAUGACAGUUGCCACAGUGCCAAGAUGUUGUUUGACUUGGCAAAGGCCUCAAUCUGUCUGUAUAACACCACAGUAUUCACAUGUACAGUAACCUCUAAUCUUAUUUUAGGUUCAGGCCAAUCUGUGAGAAUUUCUGUAUAUAGGAAGUGACCUUAAUAAACUGUUAAAGGCGUCAAGGCAUAGAUUUGUUUUGUAUUUCCCUUUGUGCUCACUAAUAUGCAAGAAGUAGCUGGUACAGCGACCGUCCUGUAGAUGGAACAGCUGCUGCCACUGUCCACCGUUUGUUAGCAGCAGGGCGGUCUUGAUGAUGCGUCGAUCUCACAAUAAAGUUCUGUAAACUACAA